AUGCAACUGGCGCUCCUCGUCCUGGCGGGCCUCGCCGCCGCCCAUGUGCAAAUGACGUCGCCGCCGCCCUUCCGGUCCGCGUACAACAACCACACCACCAGCGUCGACUACAACAUGAACAGCCCGCUCGCGUCCUCGGGGAGCGACUACCCGUGCAAGGGCUACCACAAGCUCCUCGACACGCCGCAGGGAGCUUCCGUGGCCACGUGGACCGCCGGCCAGAACUACAGCAUGUCGGUCGAGGGCAGCGCCACGCACAACGGCGGCUCGUGCCAGCUGUCGCUGUCCUACGACGGCGGCUCCUCGUGGACCGCUUUCCACUCCUUCAUCGGCGGCUGCCCGUUGAUGAAGACGUGGAAGUUCAACCUGCCCGCCGACACGCCGGCCGGCGAGGCCCUCUUUGCCUGGUCGUGGUUCAACCAGAUUGGCAACCGCGAGAUGUACAUGAACUGUGCCCACAUCACCGUCCAGCCGCGGCGGCAGCGGCAGGCCGCCCCUGUGGCGUGGGCGUCGCGGCCCAAAAUGUUCGUGGCCAACGUCAACAACGGGUGUGCGACCGUCGAGAUGGCCGACGUCCUGUUCCCGAGCCCGGGGCCCGACGUCGACAAUGUUUCCGACAACACGGCCAGCCCGGUUGGCACGUGUAGUUAG